GCAACACCGCCUCUGUUUUGUGAUUCUGUUGAACAGGGAUGUGUGUGUAUGUGUAUUUGUGUGCGUGUGUGUGUGUUAUUUACAUUGUGGUGUCGGGGUGUCUGCUCACACGUGCCUGUCGUCUUUGUCCUGCUCCACAGCUCUACUGGCUGCCAUGGGCACUGCUGCCUUCAGGGACAGGAGCUCACUGCCGCCUUCACCAUUUCCAAACAUCGCAUCCUUUGCAGCAAUCUUCACCAGCAUCUAGUCGGUGCACCGCGGGGGAGUACCAGGCUAUUCUGCGCUUCAUGCGAGGCACAAUGCAAGGAUUCCCGUAGGCGAUUCACCCAGCGAAGUCUGCCCACCUGGAGGACCAAGGAAGGAUGCGUGUUUUCAGCGGUUGGGCUCCGGCCGGACGGGUCUGUUUUGGAUGAUGCGCAGAGGGGUUUUCUGCGUAUUUAUGUUUCACCCCGAUUUGGAAAACCCCCAUUCCAUCUGGAGACCCAUGACCCGGUUUGGGUACCGUUAUCACCAUGUCCCCAGCAUCGGCUGCCACGGCCAGUGAGAGCAGCACCACCACCCUCCCAGAAGAGCAGCCGGACAGCCCCCGAGAGGAGCAGCGGCCCCAGAAGCAGUCCCUGAGUAAAUCCCUGUGUCAGGAGACUCACUGGAAAUGCCUGCUGCUGUCCCUGCUGAUGUACGGCUGCGUGGGGGUGAUGGCCUGGUGCCAGGUGACCAAGGUCACACGCCUCUCCUUCGACAGCGCUUACAAGGGAAAGUCUAUGAUGUACCACGACAGUCCCUGCUCCAACGGCUACAUCUACAUCCCUUUGGCCUUCCUGGUCAUGCUCUAUGUGGUCUACCUGGUGGAGUGUUGGCACUGCUACACCAGGAACGACCUGCAGUACAAGGUGGAUGUGGAAAGCGUGGCGGAGCGUAUCCAGCGAAUGCAGCAGGCUACGCCCUGCAUCUGGUGGAAGGCCAUCAGCUACCAUUACAUCAGGAGGACGCGGCAGGUGACGCGCUACCGUAACGGAGAUGCCUACACCACCACCCAGGUCUACCACGAGCGAGUCAACACACACGUGGCUGAGGCGGAGUUUGACCACGGGAACUGUGGGGUUAAGGACAUCGCGAAGCAGCUGCUGGGCAUGGAGGACUUCCCUAUCACCCGGCUGAGGUUCACUAAGUGCUUUAGCUUUGCCAAUGUGGAGUCGGAGAACUCCUACCUGACGCAGCGGGCCAGUUUCUUCACAGAUAACGAGGGCCAGGACGACUACAUGGAGGCCCGUGAGGGGAUGCACCUGAAGAAUGUAGACUUUAAAGAGAACAUGGUUGCCUUUUCUGACCCAAAUCACCUUCCCUGGUAUGCAGCCAACUCCACUUUCUGGGCGGCAGCUGCUUUCACGCUCUCCUGGCCGCUGCGCGUGCUGAUAGAGUACCGCACGGCCUGUGUACACUACCAUGUAGAGAAGCUGUUUGGCUUUGACUUUGUGCCAGCAACGCCAUCUGAGGAGCAGCCACAAUGCAGACACAUCCCACGAGUCAACACGAUCGACAGCACGGAGCUGGAGUGGCACAUCCGAUCCAACCAGCAGCUGGUGCCCAGCUACUCGGAGGCAGUUCUCAUGGAUCUGUCUCAGCUCUCGGGAAGCUCUAACAACCACUCUGUGUGUGGAGGUUACGACAGCUACAGGCAGAAUUGUGAACGCUGCCACCGUGCCAUCAGCAGCUCCUCCAUCUUCUCUCGCAGCGCCCUCAGCAUCUGCCACACAGGGAGCCCCCGAAUCCCCUUCAGCGCCAGCCGCUUCUCUCUGGGUCGGCUGUACGGCUCGAGGCGGAGCUGCCUGUGGAGGAGCAGCGGGAGCCUGAACGAGCGGUCCUGCCCCAGAGAGAGCACUCGCUGCCUCUCAGGCCAGCAGAGCAGUGAGGAGAACCCUCCAGACUACCAGGACGCUCUCUGCUUCCCUGUGCUCAUUGUGCAUCGCAACGAGGGCUGCCUCAACCACGACCACCGCUCCCUGCACAGAAACGGCUCCUGUGUGGAGACUUCUCUAUGACACACAGAGCACUCUGAGAAUAGACUGUAGCAACACAGGAACAGAGGGGAAAGGGCUCGGCUAACACUGACUUCUGCUUCCCCCUUCUACAACAUUGGUAACUCUACAAGUUACCACAAACAAGGAUUUUUUUCUAAUUUCUAAAGAAACUAUAGCCUCAACAAACAAGAACCAGUACACAUGGGAAAGUCCAUGUAGCAUAGUCUGGAUAAAACAGACCUUAUGCUGUUUAUAAGACUGUUAUAGGAAAUAUGGUUUUAAAGGACCAAAAUGUGUCACAUAAUGUUGUACAGCGUUAACAAGGACAAGAGUCAAAGAACCAAGGAAUACCAAGGGGAUUCACAUCCUACUGUAAAUGCCAUAUUUGUAGAUCUUAGUCACAGUCAAGGAAUUGAUGAGUAACAUGAGUAGUAUUUGAAGCCUAUGGGUAUGACUCAGCGGCAGCCUAUUCAAUUGCCAAGAGAUGAAAGGAAUAGGAAUUAUUGGACUUGUGAAUGGGGAAUAACAUAAAUAUUUUGAAAAUCAUUGACUCACACUUCUUGUGAGUCAAUUUGCUGAACUGUGAGGUAAAAUGCAAAGAUAUCAGCCUUCUUGUCAAUGCAUAAGUUACACACGACGAGAUGUUUUGCUGAAACAAAAUACAGGUCUUAAGCCUCAAAUUUAGCAUAAAAAACAUACACAUGUUAAACGCUGGUUAAAAUCUGUCAUUCAAAGUCAAUAAUCAAUUUUCUAAGUAAUAGAUUUCCACAGCUUAAAAAAUGAAUGUCGGAUGCAGAUGCAGAAAUAUCAAGUUAGCUGAAAUUGGCUCGGCUGCGAUGACAUUAUACUUCCUGGCUUCCUAAAUAUAGCAGCACAGUCGAUAAAUAAUUUAGCACAGGAGGGCUAAAGGACACGAGAUCUUCAAACUGAAUAAAUAACAACUUCUUCAAACUAUCAAUUACCAAAUCAUUUAACCUUUUUUUUACUACAAAAUAAUAAAACUUACCAGAAUAUGAAUAGUUCAGAGUUAACUCAGCAAGUCUAAAAAUCUCAAAGAUGCAUUUAAUUUUAUAUUAGGCAAUAUUUCUAUAGCUACCUCUUUGUUUAAGUGCCUAGCGAUGAACUGCUACUGUAGAGCAUAAGCUAUCAUAACUAAAUUAAUCUCAUUUUAACAUCACAUCAAAA